AUGUCGGGUAAAGGAGCGAUCGGGAUUGAUCUCGGUACAACAAACUCUUGCGUGGGUGAGAUCAUCCCUCAUGAUCAAGGAAACCGAACCACCAUGGAUCCGGUUAACACRGUCUUCGAUGAUGCAAAGAAGCAAGAUGAUGAUGAAGCGAAGCAAUUUUUAGUAGAUAUMAUAGUGAAUGAGACAAUUAGGAAUUCAAUUUGGCUGCAAUGUGCUGUUGCUGCGUUUUGGAUUGUGUCUUCUAGGGAUUGA